AUGUCAAAUGUGAUUUCUCUCUGCAAAUCUCUGACUGGUGGUUUGGAAAAGGCCGAUGUAUUAUUGCUUAAGUUGAUAUCGAAAAAUGUACUGUACUAUGGGAUCUACCAACCACAUUGCAAUUUGGGCUACUGUUCGCCAAAAAGUAGUGAGGACGAUAUUGAUAGAGCACUCCGCAGUCGCAUGGCAUCUACACAGUAUAUGGAUAAUACUCCAAUAGAUCCAUUUGCCGAAGGAACCCUGAUGACAAUUGCGGGGAAGAUUGGGAGAACAUAUCCAUGCGUUUUUAUCUUUCAGUAA